CACUGUUACUGUUGUGCGGGCAGCGAAAUGUUAAAAAUUGUUGUAUCUUAUAAUUUGUCCAAUAAAUUGUUUCAAAGUCUACUACAAUCACGAUCGAACAGCAGAAAUUUAAGCCUAACGAAUGUGAGGCAUGGCGUCGCAAAGGAGGAUGGUGCUGAGCCCUCAGUUAAAGUAGAAAAAGACUCUCACAUUACUCUGAUAGGUAUAAACAGACCACAACAGCGGAAUUCCAUAGAUGGGGCCACAGCUGAGAAGUUAAGUGAGGUCAUAAGACAGUUUGAGGCUGAUGAUACGUCGCCUGUGGGCGUGUUGUAUGGAGUGGGUGGAUCGUUUUCAGCUGGCUACGAUCUCAAGGAACUAGAGACGGAGGCGCUGCGCGGCAGCUUGGAUUUCCUACUCCGUCGUGAGGGUUCUAUGGGCCCGACGCGGCGACAUCUGCGAAAACCAAUCGUAUGUGGGAUAAGUGGAUUUUGUAUAGCUGGCGGUCUGGAAUUAGCCCUUUUUUGCGACUUGCGCGUCAUGGAAGACACCGCUGUGAUGGGCUUCUUUAAUCGUCGAAUGGGCGUGCCACUAAGUGAUGCUGGCUCAGUGCGCUUGGCCGCCGCUGUUGGAUAUUCAAAAGCCUUGGAAAUAAUAGAGACGGGUCGGCGAGUUUACGCGAAGGAGGCAUUGAAGAUUGGACUGACCAAUCGUAUUGUGGCUACUGGAACAGCUCUAGGCCAGGCCGUGAAUUUGGCCUUUUCAAUCGCUAAAUUUCCAAUGUUGGCACUACAGCAUGAUCGCCAAGCUCUCUUGGACAAUUGCAAUGCAUAUAAUCGUCCCGGUUUUCAGGCAGCUGUUCACAACGAAAUCAUGAAUGUGUCCCUUGCCAUGGUGACGGAAAUGCAGGAGGGUGUAAAACGAUUCAGGAGUUCUGAAGUCAAAGGAGCCAAAGCCGAUUCGUGGCAUAUCAAGGAAAAGUCCAUUCCCGAUUGGGAAAAGGCAGAGAUCGCUAUAGAGGAAAUGAAUAAAAAACAGUAAUUGUUUUUUUUAUAAAUAAAUGAAUAUUCCAUAAGCAAUUUAAGUGCAAUAUUAGUAAAAUAUUUCCGAUGUUUUAUGUUUGUUUGUUUUUAUUAUAAAACGCAAGCCUUUAUUCACAUAAAAUACAUUGAUUUAUUAUACUUA